UAUGUUAUCACACCUGGCUGCGAAGGUUAUAAGUUAAACUUUCGUAUGUCCAAUUCAUGUCAUGUCAAAUUUCGGGUUAAAUCAAUUCUGUGUGAUGAUUUUAAUUAUAUGUCCCUGUCAUAUCAUGGAGGCUGUUAAAUUGCUGGAAAAUGAUAUCUCAAUGAUAACAUAUCGAACUCAUGUGCAUUCUAAAGUUUUACGCCGCUUGCUAACUGAUCAAAAAGUUCCGAUAGAAAUAAGGAAGAGGAAAAGAAGAUCUUUAUUAUACCGUAAAAUUGGUUUAUUUAAUGGGACUGAUAAUCCUAAUAAAGAACAGAAGUUAAUGGUAGAUACGUUUAUAAAGUCGUCUAAUGGUUUGUUCAAAAGCGAAAUGGAAGCUAUAGAUGGCAAAGCUACCGGUUUGGAAGAUAGUAAUGUGGUUUGUCCGCAUAAAUUUGGAUUGUACAAAUCCCGAAUGGAAAGUAGCGCCAAAAUAGAUACGGAUUCGUCCCAAGAUAAGGUAAUCCAUUCCGGGAGGAUGAAAAGAUAUCUAUUUCUAGAUAAGGUAGGAACUAUCCGACCUUUGGAUCAGGUAAGAGACGGUCACGGAGCGCGGAGAUGUGAUCGUGAUCGAAAUAUUAACAGGAUGCGUCUUCCCAAAGAAAGAAUACUACGUUGCGGGCGGAGAACUCCAAUGAGAAGGCUUUAUACAAACGGUUUGCACGUAUUACCAAAGUUCAAAAGAAGGCUGCGGUCUUCGAAUAACGACAGGCAAGUCAGAUAUAACCGAAGAGACUUAAAAAGUAAAUUCAAUCGUUUUAAAAAAAGUUUUAACAGAAGCGAUUUAGGAGAAGUAGAAGACAAAGCAUUAGAGAACAUGUUUAUUUUAUAUGACCCGCAUUCAGAUUUGAAAAAUUCACAAUUCAUUGAUGAAAAAAAUAGAGGGAAAUCUCGGAAAGUGCACUUAAAGAAGAGGGAUUUUAUGUAUGGGGAACCUGGAGGUCCUUUGAUGUUAAAGCGUUGUACAAAACCCAAACCUACCGUCCUAGUACAGUCAGUAAACAUCGGCAAAACAGGAAGGAUUUGUUUCCCGAGUACACACCGAUGCAUGAAGCCGAAGACGUGCCCUUGUUCUGUAGAAUAUCGCAAAUGUCCGCCAAGGACCACAUGUUGCCUCCAACCUGAGACAUUGUGUUUCGAGAGCACAGAAACAAGCACCAUGUCGACCGUGGGAAGAUGCCAAGGAAUCGACACGGAGACGCCUACACCAAUAGAAGAAGGUCUGUGCAUUGUAACACCUUGCCUGGAAGGGUCUAAAAAGGACGUCCGGAAACGUUGCGCCUGCGAUUGUGGCUGCGGUUGCCCCCAUAACCUGCGGAGGAACCACCCGGACCGAGCCCUGGCCAGGGGGAGCUGCGGCUGCGGCUGCGGCUGCGGCUGCCUCCACGGCGGCGGGGCCCACUGCGCCACCAGCAAGUCCCUCACCUAGCUCUGCCGUGACCAACUGCGUGGCCCGUCUUCAAGCAUUAAAUUUAUACGUAUCGAUAUUUGAUUAAUUAUCACAACUGUUGUUGUUUUAUUACUUGAAUGAAACAUUGCAAAGGAAAAGUAUGUAACUGUAGACCAAAACAGCUUCGAAACAGUCAACAGUAAUCCUCGAUGUCUUCUUUGGAGGUAACUUUAACGAACCUGAUAAAUGUUGAACCAUUAAAUUUUUUAUAGAUUCCAAAGUUAUACGUCUACAGCUCGUUUUCCAUUAAAUGCAUGCAAGAUCAAACUAUGCUCGUCGUCUCUCUUCUCCUUUCUCUCGAAGGUGUUAAUAACUGAAUAAAUGAAGUUUUUAAAAUCUAAUUCUAGUUUUAAUUCCUAUUUUUGAACCAAUAAAGUACGAUGAGUAGACUGUAAAAUAUUAAAAUUCAGUUAUGUUAUAGUGAGUUAGAAUCCAGGAACCACUAAACUGCUGGAGGCUAGCGUGCCAAAUCCCAGCUGACAAGCCAUUACUGAGGGCGUGGUUUAAUAUUCUAAUGCCUUUUCUCUAACCAGCUUCCCACAACCCUUUUACAAAUAUUCGAAAUUUCUCUUUAUCUAACUUCAACGGCUUAGGAUAUCAUCCUUCAAGAAACAAAUUAUAAUAAAUCAUUUUAUGGCCGAAAAGGGCGAUUGUGCCGUUUCUGUGAUUAUUGUAUUUUUUAUUUUAGAAAAGUUACAAACGCACGCAUUGCUUGUUGUAUUGACAUAUGGAAGUUGGAAAACAGAUUUAUUAGUUACAAAUUCCAAACUCUGUACAGUCAAAAAGGGGUGGAAUGAGAAGAAAAACAAAAGCACCCUGAACGUAUAUAUUAAUGCAGCGACGUAGAUUAAUCAACAUCGAGAUUGCCGCCAUCCUUUGUCCCCUUUCAGCUUCACGUAUUUGGGUCAAAUCCUAUUGAACUAUUUGUUUUUUAUUUAAAAGAAUAUUAUCUUAAUAAACAUUAUAUAUAUUUUUUAUGUUGGUGCUAACGUUGUUGGCGCCAUUCACUCGACCUGUUAUCUAUACCUCUUAUUAAGAUCAUGUAGUUUAAAGUAGGCACUAAGGAGAUUAGUGAAAUAAACAUCAGAAACCACAGACACCGGCACACACAGUGGAUCGAUGACCGAUCUAGGUGGACAAAAUUCCUUGACCAUAAUUUUCUAAUGUAAAUCAUGUAUUUGUCACAAAUAAAUAUAAAUAAG